UUUCGCAAUGAGAUUUAAGAUGUCCUCAAAUAUCAUUUGUCAGGAUUUAACAUAAAUCCUGCUCAAAUCCUGCAUAAAUCCUGUAUACAAACAGCUCCAAAAACUGUUUUUUGUGGUUGUUGUUUUAGAUGAUGAUGUCUCCUUGAUUAUGUCGCAGAAGCAUCCACGAUAAUUUCCACGCCGAUUGUACCUUUUUUUCCCCUAUGAAUAUGGUUAUUCUAUUUACCCUAAUCUAAUCGUUUCGUUAUUCCAGAAUUUCUUCCAGUUCACCAAGAGAGAACUAACUCUGCAAUGACUUCUCGAUUUUGGACUCAGGGUGGUGACAGUGAUUCAGAUGAAGAGGAGGAGAAACAAAGUGAGUUUGGUGAUGGCAGUGAUGCUGGCGGUGGGGCUGGUGAGCCUGCAGGUGAUGGUAACCGCUACCUUCAUGAAAAUGCCAGCGAUUCUGACGAUUCUGAUGGCCAGCACCGGGUCAUCAAGUCAGCCCGUGACAAGCGUUUUGAUGAGAUGGCUGCCACAGUUGAGCAGAUGAAGAACGCCAUGAAGAUCAAUGACUGGGUCAGCCUUCAGGAGAAUUUUGAGAAGCUCAACAAACAGCUUGAGAAGGUUGUUCGGAUCACUGAGUCUGACAAAGUACCCAAUCUCUACAUCAAGGCCCUUGUUUUACUGGAGGAUUUCCUUGCAGAAGCUCUAGCCAACAAGGAUGCUAAGAAAAAGAUGAGCAGCAGCAAUGCAAAAGCCCUUAAUUCCAUGAAGCAAAAGCUGAAGAAGAACAACAAGCAGUAUGAGGAGCUGAUAACAAAGUAUCGGGAGAAGCCUGAAAGUGAAGAUGAGGGCGUGGAGGAUGAGGAAGAAGAGGAGGGGAAUGAAUCAGGAUCAGAGGUUGAGGAGGAUCCGUCAAAAAUUGAUAUGUCUGAUAUGGAGGAUGAGGAUGUAGAAGAUGGAGAUGAGCAGACUGAGGGAGAUGGAGCUUGGGAGAAGAAGAUGAGCAGGAAGGAUAAACUUAUGGAUAAGCAAUUCAUGAAGGACCCAAGUGAGAUUACGUGGGAUGUUGUUGACAAAAAAUUUAAGGAAAUUAUUGCAGCCAGGGGCAGGAAAGGGACUGGCAGGGUUGAGCAAGUUGAACAACUUACUUUCUUGACACGAGUUGCCAAGACCCCUGCUCAAAAACUUGAGAUUCUUUUUAGUGUGAUAUCAGCACAAUUUGAUGUAAACCCAAGCUUGCUUGGGCAUAUGCCAAUCAAUGUGUGGAAAAAGUGUGUUGGAAAUCUGCUCCUAGUUCUAGAUAUCCUUGAGAAGUAUCCUAAUAUUGUUGUUGAUGACACAAUUGAGCCUGAAGAGCGUGAGACUGAGAAGGGUGUGAACCACAAGGGCACAAUCCGUGUAUGGGGUAGCUUGGUUGCUUUCCUUGAAAGGUUGGAUUCAGAAUUUUUCAAGAGCUUGCAGUGUAUUGACCCACACACAAGGGAUUAUGUUGAGAGGCUUAGGGACGAACCAUUAUUUUUUGUAGUAGCACAAAAUGUUCAGGAUUAUCUUGAAAAGGCCGGGGAUUUCAAGGCAGCCUCAAAAGUGGCAUUGCGGCGUGUUGAGCUCGUAUAUUAUAAACCUCAGGAGGUGUAUGCUGCUAUGAGAAAGUUGGCAGAACAAGAUGAAGUUAGUGAUGGUGGUUCAGAAGGAGAUGGAGUUGGUGAGUAUCAAGCAGUUGAGGAACAUAGAGGCCCACCUGCAUUUGUUGUGAUUCCUGAGCUUGUUCCAAGGAGGCCUACAUUUCCUGAGAGCAGCAGGACACUUCUUGAUUCUUUGGUGUCUCUCAUAUACAAAUAUGGUGAUGAGAGGACUAAAGCUAGGUCAAUGCUCUGUGAUGUUUACAACCAUGCCAUAUUUGAUGAGUUCUAUGUUGCUCGUGAUCUAUUGUUGAUGAGUCACCUGCAAGAAGGAAUUCAGCUUAUGGAUAUUUCUUCUCAGAUUUUAUUUAAUAGGGCAAUGGCACAACUAGGCCUUUGUGCAUUCCGUGCAGGCUUAAUCACUGAAGCUCAUGGAUGCCUUUCUGAACUAUACACUGGGGGACGAGUGAAAGAGUUACUUGCCCAAGGAUUUUCACAAAGCCGCUACCAUGAGAAAACUCCUGAGCAGGUAUGCCUAUGAUAGGCGAUGUUUUUUAUAUAUGAUUUUGUUUUCUCAUUUAUUAAUCUUUAACUUUGUGGCAUGUGUUUCAAA